GCUUCGUCGCCGGUUUUCUCGACAUUCGGAUCCAACUUCGAUACCAGUCUGCACCAAGGCUGGCGUUGUGACGGGCACAUAAUCUGUUUUGAGGUAUUCGGUCGUUUGAAAACGGAACAUUGGAUGAAAAUUUUCUCACGUUAAUUGAUAGGUUACAUGUAAUAAGUUCUUAAUUGAUAUCAACCAGAUACAAAUAUAGGGUAGGCAAUACACCAUUGAUUCGUAUAAAAUGAUGGAUUUGUAUAACUACUACAUAUAUGAAAAUGCAGAUCCAAGAACGCAUAAAUGGUUUCUUGCCGGUUCACCAUUCCCAAUGCUAGGAAUUAUUGGAGUAUAUUUGUCUCUUGUUUAUUGCAUCGUUCCUAGAUUCAUGGAAAGCCGCAAACCGUACCAGUUAACUAAAUUCAUUGGAGCUUAUAACCUUUUUCAAGUAUUCUAUUGCAUUGGAGUGAUACGUUUGUGCGUUCAAGCCGGUUGGAAAAUGGAUUACUUUUAUCGAUGCUACGAAACAGAUUACUCUAACGAUCCCAAGGCCAUCAAAAUGUCAGAAGUUACAUGGUACAUUCUGUUCAUCAAAUUCGUUGAACUUCUGGAAACGAUUCUUUUUGUGCUUCGAAAGAAGCAGAAUCAGGUUUCUUUCCUACACGUGUACCAUCAUAUCAGCACCUUCUUCAUAGCGUAUGUGUUUUGCAAAUACGUCGGAGGUAGUAUGCUCACUUUCUCGAUUGUGAUAAACUCCGUGGUACAUAUUAUUAUGUACUCAUAUUACUUUAUGUCAGCAUCGGAAACGAAAAUUUUUAAAUUUCUGGCCUCUAGAGUAAAAAAGUACAUAACCAGUAUUCAGUUGGUUCAAUUUGGACUGCUAACGAUGAACAACUUCUUUGGCUUGCAACCAGGAUGCAACACCUGCAAAUCAUUCCUUGCUAUGUACAUUCCAAAUAUCUUCAUUCUGAUCUAUCUGUUUAGUAGCUUCUACAAAAGAACAUAUGAUACAAAAAUCACUGCCAAGAAAACGGUUAAGUAAGAACCACAAUUAGUUAGUGGCAAAAUUUUGUAACCAAGAACUGCACCUGCACGAGAAUGCUUUGAUCGAGCUGUUGAACAUUGCUUCGCUGUUAGCAAUAUUGUGAUAUUUUACCAGAACGAUUUUGGAUAGUUGCAAGAUCGGUACAAAAUUUACUUUUUUCUUGAAACGCCGCUCAAACGAAUAGAAAUAAAAUCUUCAAAACAUAUUUCUAAUAUAAAUCUAUUCCUAUUCCAAACACUAUAUAAUUAAUAUGGUUAAGCUGGAAUACGCAAUUUGUGAAAAAGCGCAGUCUUUCAAUUAAUAUAAUUCUUUUCUAGAACGUCAAAUCUAUGUGGGAUCUCCAAAAAAGUUCUUUGUUGAUAAGAAGAGAUAGUCCAAUUGCAUUAGUAUUCUUUUGUCUAUGAUUGGAUCUUUAUUGUAUUAUUUCUGAUGUUUUUUAUGUUAUUUUCAAAUAGAGCUGGAAACUAAACAAUGCACUCAUACUUAUGACAAUUACCUAUAUAGAUUACAUUAAAAUAAGCGGUGUUUCCAAUAAAGUAGAUUGUUGUGCUGAUCUAUAAGAUGCAUCAUUAAAAUUUGCAUUUGAGAGUGAUAUAGACGAUAAAUAGGAAAAAAUUUAAUCAUUAUGCUGUGAUGAGUUGCUAGCACGCCUAAUACUAAUGCCUUUCAAAUGAAAUAAGGUUUAAAACUUGGCAAAAUAUCUUCUUCCGGUUUUGCAAUAUUGUUAAAUGAAGGACGGCAGGAUAUGUUAAAAUAGAAUAAAAUAGAACCGUGAUUAAAUAAUAAAAUAAUUGCUAGGUACCAAAUAUUUGGAAAA